GUAAAGGUUGCGUGUAUGAAGGGGAGGUGAGCGGCUUCUCAAAGUCUGAGAGGAGUAACAGCUGUUAUAUUAUAACUUGUUCGGCGCAGUGCUAACUGCACUAGCCUACUGCACGAACGAAUGACACAUGAUUGUGAACUACGGUUAGAGAACAAGAAACUAUUUCUACGGAAUUUUGACUGUUUGACUGAGCGGACCAUCCUUCACUGCAAACUACAUGCCUUACAUUUGAGGAUAGAAUCAAUUUUUAUGUUUACUUCCCGAUAUUGAAUAACCUUGGUAGAAUUAUGUUCCAGGCAUAGCGCCUCUGUGUGAAACCUCGACGGUUGUUCGCAAGUCUGUGUUUGCAAACCGGGCCAACUGGUCAAAGAGGUUUUUGUCUUGGCUUGUCAUUGGUAAAUAUCGUGCCUCGGAACCUCGUAGGGAAAAAAAUGAAUUCAGUCACGAUUAGGCUGCAACCUGCUCUGGCCUGCGCGUGGAGACGGCAAACAACCAGGAACUCGCGUAGGAUUCGAGCCUUACAACUCCCCUGCUACGGCGCCUCAAGCACCGACCUUCUUCCGCCUGUCCAAACAAAUUUAAGACAUUAUUGCUCUGGGAUGGAGCAGGAAAAAGGGCUAUUAUUCCGACAGUUGUUUGAGUCAGUCAGUAGUACCUACUCGUAUCUGCUGGCGGACUUAGAAACCAAGGAUGCUGUGCUGAUUGAUCCUGUGCUGGAGACCGUGGACAGGGACAUCAAGCUGAUAGACGAGCUGGGCCUUUCACUAAAGGUAGCAGUGAACACGCACUGCCAUGCGGACCACAUCACAGGGACGGGUCUCCUGAAGAAAAGACUGAUUGGAGUGAAGAGUGCCAUCUCCAAACACAGCGGUGCCACUGCUGACAUCCUGCUCACCGACGGGGACAGCAUCAUCUUUGGUAAACAUUGUCUGAACGUGAGGGAGACUCCCGGGCACACGGAUGGCUGUAUGACUUUAGUGACAGGGGACCAGAGUAUGGCCUUCACUGGAGACGCUGUGCUCAUCAGAGGCUGUGGAAGGACAGACUUCCAGCAAGGGUGCUCUAAGAGGCUGUAUGAGUCUGUCCAUGAGAAGAUUUUCACCCUACCUGGUCACUGUCUGAUCUAUCCUGCUCAUGACUACAAAGGUCAGACUGUGUCGACAGUGGACGAGGAGAGGAAGUAUAACCCACGCCUGACCAAAAGCCUUGAGGAGUUUGUGGACAUCAUGAAGAAUCUCAACCUCUCCAAGCCUGCUAAAAUAGAUAUUGCAGUGCCUGCAAACCUGGUUUGCGGUCUACAUGAUGUAUGAGUACGUGCAAAAGAUCAGAAAGGGCUAUACCAACUACUAUAACCAUAACAGGGCAUUUAAAAUACCUUCAAUCAAUAAUAUAAAACAUUACCAAAAAUAGUAUAAACUUUAUUUCAUAUACACAAAUAUAUAAAUCAAAACAAACAAAGUAUUUUCACUUUUCAUAUUGAGAUGUCGGACAUGCAAUCAGGGGAAAACUGUCAAUGCGUGCCACACACAUACACAAGUAAAAUGUAGAGAUGUAAUUAAAACCUUUUAAAUAUGUAUAA